AUUACUUCCGCCUUGGUCAGCGUGAUUGUGGACCACGUGACUAAACACGGAAGCAGAUAGUGUCAACAAAGCAAAUCCAAUAGCUCAUGAUGUCGGAGUGGCACCUGUCAUUGAAGCUGGUGGAUCAGCCCAAAUCCACCUUCCACUUCCCUGAGACGAUGCCUGGAGACGUGUCUCCCGGCGGGUACCGAGUUUCUACUCUGAAACAGCUCGUUGCAGCACAGCUCCCUGAUUCCUUACCGGACCCCGAACUCAUAGAGCUGGUACACUGUGGUCGGAAGUUGAAAGAUGACCUGACUUUAGACUCCUGUGGGAUCCAGCCUGGAUCCACCCUGCACAUCCUCAAAAGAACCUGGCCCGAACCAGAGAUCAAUCCAGAGCCAGUGAACAGGACAACUGCAGCCAGGGAGUUCCGUGUGCUGCAGGCAGCCCUCCACUCCAACUCCACCUACAGAGAGUCGGUGUUUAAGAUGCUGACUAAUAAGGAGUCUCUAGAUCAGAUCAUUGUGGCCACGCCAGGACUGAGAUCUGACCCGGUAGCGCUAGGAGUGCUCCAAGACAAAGAUCUAUUUGUGCAAUUCACAGACCCUAACAUGCUGGAUGUGUUGAUCAGUUCUCACCCAGCCCUGGUCAAUGCCAUCAUCCUGGUCCUCCACUCAGUGGCUGGCAGCAUGCCUGCUCAGUCCAGUGCCGGCUCCUCCCGCAACGUCUCCUCCAGCUCCUACAGUGACAUGCCAGGAGGGUUUAUGUUUGAGGGCAUGUCUGAUGAUGAUGAAGAUUUCCAAUCGGGCAAUCAGGCAGGCCCAUCCAACCGAACCGGGGGCCCAGCAGGAAUGCGUCCUGUGUCCCUUGGCCAUAGUGGAGCUACAGGCCCUCGACCCAUAACACAGAGUGAGCUGGCCACUGCCCUGGCCCUGGCUAGUACUCCUGAGAGCAGUGCUGUUACUCCCACUGCAGGGGCUCAGCAGGACCCCUCAUCUGGAGUGCCUCCCACGCCAGCAGGGACUCCUGUCAGCAAUGACCUUUUCAGCCAGGCGCUGCAGCAGGCUCUGCAGGCCUCCAGCAUGUCCAGCAUGUCCUCUCUGCAGGGGCGUUGGCAGUCCCAGCUGCAGCAGCUGAGAGGCAUGGGGAUCCAGGAUGAGGAGCUGAUGUUGCGGGCGCUGCAGGCCACAGACGGGGACAUCCAGUCAGCUCUGGAGCUCAUCUUUGCUGGAGGGCCAGGACUCUGAGCCAACCCAGGGCCCUGAGAGAGGAGAGUGCUGGGGGAAACGUCUCUACACAGGCCCAAGCUGAUGGCACUGGUCAUUCUGCCAUUGGGCUGUGAUAUGGACACUUAUAUGGACACAAUGCUUCAGACAUGAAGACUUCUCAUUACUACUCCUCUACCCUUUCAUACACAGCCUAAAUGGAACAACCUUUAAUGGCUGGAAAAAUAUUUCUUCUUUUUGUUUUUGACUUGACUUGUAAUAAAGACAAACAAUGUACCUUAUCUA